AUGCCGCUACGAUUCAAGCAAGACAUAAUAGACCCUAGCCAAUCAGUCAAAAUCUUAGGAGUCAUUAUGGACCAAGGAUUGAGGUACAAGGAGCAUGUUGCAGGCAAAGCGGACAAAGCCUACAAGGCAGCACUGGCCCUGAAAAGACUGCAAGGACUUAGACCAUCAAGCAUGCGCCAAUUAUUCUCGGCAACGGUGGCACCAGUCAUGGACUAUGCAUCAUCGAUAUGGUAUCUGGCAGUGUCGGACAAAACCCUAGCAACACUAGAGAGAGCUCAAAGAGUUGCAGCACAGGCCAUCAUAGGAGGAUUCAGAACCAUGGGUCUAAACGCAGCAGUCAUGGAGGCAGGCAUGGCAACAACACGACAGAGACUGCACGAGCAAACUCUUAGAUUCUGGAUUGGCAUCCAUAAGCUAGAUGAAUCUCACAUCCACCACAAGCUAGCUAAGUACAAGGGCAAGAAGCGUUUCAUAUCUCCACUGCGGAAAGCAGCUGUCCUAUUCAAAAGCAUCAAGGCUCGGCAAGCAGACAAGAUCCCUACUGUUGGAUGUGAACCGUGGGUGCCAAAACCCCGCGUGUAUAUACUAGACAAGGAAAAAGCCAAACAAGCCGCAGUUGCAGAGUAUGCAACAGUCGAUUUCUACACUGACGGGUCAGUAAGGAAAGGUAGAGCAGGCAUUGGCAUAUGGACAUCGACAUGGGAAGUGUCAAAGUUAGUAGGAAGAGAAGAAGACACCAAUGUUCACCACACGGAACUGCUAGCAAUAUGGAUGGCAAUCAAAGGCAUCCCAGACGACAUGAAUAGCCAAGUACGGAUACGGGUGUUCUCAGACAGCCAAGGAGCGUUGCAAAGCAUCCAGAGUCCAAAGAUCAACGACAGUAUCAACCUGGUCAUGAAAAUCAGAGAGAAGAUCAGGAAAGGAACGUUCUCUCUCCACUGGGUCCCUGGACACGAAGGAAUUGCAGGCAACGAGAGAGCCAACGAGUUGGCUCAAAUGGCAACAGAAGAAUCACAACCAAUGCCAGCACCCGCUGCAACAGUACCCAUAUCAGUGAUUCAUAACAGAGGGAAAGCAGCAGGUUUCAAGCCUAAGCAAGAAAAGUUCUAUGGAGCCAAAACCGGAAAAUACUUACAGAGAAUCGACAAAGCACUGCCAGGAAAGCAUACAAGGAAGCUGUACGACGCACUCAACAGGACAGAUGCUUCUAUACUAGCACAGCUUAGAACGAACAUAUCCAGGCUGAAUACUUAUCUGCACAAGAUCAAAGUGGCAGAAACGGACAAGUGCGAAUGCGGAGUGUUGGAAACAGUCCAACACUUCCUAUUCUUCUGCCCACGAUGGAGACAGCAAAGACAAGACAUGAAAUCAGCACACGGCAGGAGAUUCUGCAACAUAUCAUAUGCCCUAGGAGGAUACUCAGACCACAAAGAGAAUGGCAAGAUUGUGGAUGGCGAGAAAGAUAAGUGGCGACCAGACUGGCAGGCAGUGAAGUCCACUAUUGAGUUUGCAAAGGCAACAGGAAGACUACAAUAUCAGAGGUGA